GUUUGACGGGUUGUUGACGACGUCAUCCUCUCGUUUGUAUUACCACUUCCGGGAAGAUUGAACGACAUCCGGGUCCCACGAAAGGUUGCUGCGGUCGCCAUGUUGCUGAAUGAAGUUAGCUUCGAUAGCCGCUAGCAAUAUCGAUAUUUUAUUUUUUCACGGAAUAACAUUUGUUACAGCAUGUGACUUAUCGGAAACAUGACUUAGGAUUUAUGAAACCACCACAGAAGCCCAGUUCCCCCGUAAGUAACCCCGUUGAGGUGAUAAAAAUGCAUUUAUUCAUCGGUAGCUGGCCUGCUAGCAAUAACAAGCUAACAUCAUUAGCAUUGGCUAGCACGCGUCCCGCGGGAAUUAAUCGUUGUAGUUGAAGAAACGGCACAAACAGCGUUAUUGCGGAUGAUGCAGUGUAAUGUUUGUGAUCUGUGUGAAGUGUAUUCACAGCCCAACAUCACGCCCUGGCUUUAUUAUUCAGAUAAAAGCGGCGAGCUGGCUGGCUAGCUUCUCGCUAACGUUACGCCCCGGAGCGACACUGGGAAGGAGCUAACGUCGUAACAAACAAUGAGCCUGUAAAAGCCAGCAGCCCCCCCAACCCCAACCCCAACCCCAGUUAAUCGAGAUAAAAUAGUGCUGUAUGCAGAUUAUAGUGAAGUGCUGUAGAGCUGCAGAGGUGCGUCUUGUUCUGCAGUUAAAAGAAAACAUGUUUGUUUGGUGCAGUUUCACAUUAUGGUGGUUUUUAAAUUGUGUGAAAAUGUAAUUUCUGAUGCAAAAAUAAUCAUUCCCACACAAUGUUGAAUCAAAAUAUCUGUUGACGUUGAUCGCAAUGUGAUGUUUUUACCAUUUCGUGCAGCCCUUUUUAAAAUGCAGGGGUUUGUUUUCACUGAUGUAACAAACUCAAAACAGCAGAUUAGACUAGACCAAGCCUAUCAUUUCCAUUACAGGACAAUCUAUAUUAAAUCUGGUGAUAUAGAUCCAGUGCUAAAGGUGCACACAGAUGUAAGGACGGGUUGUAGAUAUAUUACGGUAAAGGUGCACACAGAUGUAAGGACGGGUUGUAGAUAUAUUACGGUAAAGGUGCACACAGAUGUAAGGAUGGCUUGUAGAUAUAUUACGGUAAAGGUGCACACAGAUGUAAGGACGGGUUGUAGAUAUAUUACGGUAAAGGUGCACACAGAUGUAAGGACGGGUUGUAGAUAUAUUACGGUAAAGGUGCACACAGAUGUCAGGAUGGGUUGUAGAUAUAUUACGGUAAAGGUGCACACUGAUGUCAGGAUGGGUUGUAGAUAUAUUACGGUAAAGGUGCACACAGAUGUAAGGACGGGUUGUAGAUAUAUUACGGUAAAGGUGCACACAGAUGUAAGGACGGGUUGUGGAUAUAUUACGGUAAAGGUGCACACAGAUGUCAGGAUGGGUUGUAGAUAUAUUACGGUAAAGGUGCACACAGAUGUCAGGACGGGUUGUAGAUAUAUUACGGUAAAGGUGCACACAGAUGUAAGGAUGGGUUGUAGAUAUAUUACGGUAAAGGUGCACACAGAUGUCAGGAUGGGUUGUAGAUAUAUUACGGUAAAGGUGCACACAGAUGUCAGGAUGGGUUGUAGAUAUAUUACGGUAAAGGUGCACACAGAUGUAAGGACGGGUUGUAGAUAUAUUACGGUAAAGGUGCACACAGAUGUCAGGACGGGUUGUAGAUAUAUUACGGUAAAGGUGCACACAGAUGUCAGGAUGGGUUGUAGAUAUAUUACGCUAAAGGUGCACACAGAUGUCAGGAUGGGUUGUAGAUAUAUUACGACAUAG